AUGGCAAGAGACAAUAAGCAGCAGCAGCAGCAGCAGCAGCAGCAGCGAAACAGUGACAGCAGAGUUUCUCUUCAACAACGAGUAGCAGAAUUGGAAAAAAUUAAUGCUGAAUUUUCACGUGCACAGCAGCAGCUUGAGCAAGAAUUUAAUCAAAAGAGAGCAAAAUUCAAGGAGUUGUAUCUGGCUAAAGAAGAGGACCUGAAGAGGCAAAAUGCAGUGUUGCAAGCUGCCCAGGAUGAUUUGGGACACCUUCGGACACAGCUAUGGGAAGCUCAUGCAGAGAUGGAGAACAUCAAGGCCAUUGCCACAGUUUCUGAGAACACCAAGCAAGAAGCUAUAGAUGAAGUGAAAAGGCAGUGGAGGGAAGAAGUUGCUUCACUUCAGGCUGUUAUGAAAGAGACGGUGCGUGACUAUGAGCAUCAGUUCCACCUUAGGCUGGAGCAGGAGAGAACCCAGUGGGCACAAUACCGGGAAUCAGCAGAGCGGGAAAUAGCUGAUUUAAGGAGAAGGCUGUCUGAAGGUCAAGAGGAAGAAAAUUUAGAAAAUGAAAUGAAAAAGGCCCAAGAAGAUGCUGAAAAACUUCGGUCUGUUGUGAUGCCCAUGGAAAAGGAAAUUGCAGCUUUGAAAGAUAAACUGACAGAGGCUGAAGACAAGAUUAAGGAACUGGAGGCCUCAAAGGUCAAAGAACUGAAUCAUUAUCUGGAAGCCGAGAAAUCUUGUAGAACUGACCUAGAGAUGUACGUAGCUGUGUUGAAUACUCAGAAGUCAGUUCUACAGGAAGAUGCUGAAAAACUGCGUAAAGAGUUGCAUGAAGUUUGCCAUCUCUUGGAGCAAGAGCGACAACAACACAACCAGUUAAAACACACGUGGCGGAAGGCCAAUGACCAGUUUUUGGAGUCUCAGCGUUUGCUGAUGAGGGACAUGCAGCGAAUGGAGAUUGUGCUGACUUCUGAACAGCUCCGACAAGUUGAAGAACUGAAGAAGAAAGACCAGGAAGAAGAUGAACAACAAAGACUUAAUAAGAGAAAGGACCAUAAAAAAGCAGAUGGUGAGGAAGAAGUUAAAAUACCAAUAGUGUGUGCUUUAACUCAUGAGGAAUCUUCAGUCCAGCUAUCAAAUGAAGAGGAGCAUUUAGAUAGUACUCAUGGUUCAGUCCAUUCCUUGGAUGCAGACUUACUGUUGCCAGCUGGAGACCCGUUCAGUAAACCCGACAAUGACAUGUUUAAAGAUGGACUUAGGAGAGCACAGUCUACAGACAGCUUGGGAACCUCAGGCUCAUUGCAAUCCAAAGCUUUAGGCUAUAACUACAAAGCAAAAUCGGCUGGGAACUUAGAAGAAUCGGAUUUUGGACCAUUGGUAGGAGCGGAUUCUGUGUCUGAGAACUUUGAUACGGCCUCCCUCGGGUCUCUACAAAUGCCAAGUGGGUUUAUGCUAACCAAAGAUCAGGAAAGAGCGAUCAAGGCGAUGACACCGGAACAAGAAGAGACAGCGUCCCUCCUCUCCAGUGUCACCCAGGGUAUGGAAAGUGCUUACAUGUCCCCCAGUGGCUACCGCUUGGUCAGUGAGACAGAAUGGAAUCUCCUGCAGAAAGAGGUACACAAUGCUGGGAACAAACUUGGGAGACGCUGCGAUAUGUGUUCUAAUUAUGAGAAACAGUUACAGGGAAUUCAGACUCAGGAGUCGGAAACAAGAGACCAGGUGAAGAAACUACAGGUGAUGCUCAGACAAGCUAAUGACCAGUUAGAGAAGACCCUGAAAGAGAAACAGGAGCUGGAAGACUUCAUAAAACAGAGCACUGAGGAUUCCAGUCACCAGAUUUCUGCACUGGUGCUAAGAGCCCAAGCAUCUGAGAUAUUACUUGAAGAAUUACAACAAAGGUUUUCCCAGGCUAAGAGGGAUGUUCAGGAACAGAUGGCAGUGCUGAUGCAGUCUCGGGAACAGGUUUCAGAAGAGCUGGUGAGGUUACAGAAAGACAACGACAGUCUCCAGGGGAAGCACAGCUUGCACGUGUCAUUACAGCAAGCAGAAGACUUCAUUCUUCCAGAGGCGACAGAGGAACUCCGGGAGCUGGUGUUACGAUACCGGGAGAACAUCAUCAGUGUGAGGACUGCAGCAGACCACGUGGAAGAAAAGCUGAAGGCUGAAAUACUUUUCCUAAAAGAGCAGAUCCAAGCAGAGCAGUGUUUAAAGGAGAACCUGGAAGAAACUCUGCAGUUAGAGAUAGAAAACUGCAAGGAGGAGAUAGCUUCCAUUUCUAGCCUUAAAGCUGAGUUAGAAAGAAUGAAAGUAGAAAAAGGACAGUUGGAGUCCACUUUAAAAGAGAAGUCUGAACAGCUUGAGAGCCUUCAGGAGACGAAAGUCACGUUGGAAGAACAGCUGAAAAGAGAGACUGCUACUAAGGUUACUGUGGAACAACUGAUGUUUGAGGAGAAGAACAAGGCUCAGCGACUGCAAACAGAAUUAGAUGUCAGUGAGCAAGUCCAGAGAGAUUUUGUAAAGCUUUCCCAGACACUUCAGGUGCAGUUAGAGAGGAUCCGGCAAGCCGACUCGCUGGAGAGAAUCCGGGCCAUUCUGAACGACACCAAACUGACAGACAUUAACCAGCUCCCUGAGACAUGACCUCCAAGGGCAGGUUGUCAGCUUGCGCUUUGGGUUUUUAACUCAUGUAGAGCAACAUUACUUAUUAUUUAACUCCUAACUGAAGAAACGUCACAACAGAAAGGCGACUGAAGGAAUGCUUAUUUCUCCUGGAGGAGACUGUGUAGCACAGGCCCAGCACAUUGGCAGGGAGAUCCGCUCUGAAGACCUUUUGGACGGGCACACUAAUGAGGUAGUGGACGCGUUGCCAGCCAGUGGGCAGAGGCUCGGAUGGUGGCGAUGGAAAAGUGCUGUUUCCUUACCUGCUUUCUCCAACAUAGUUUCCUGGAACAACACAUUGCUCAAUCCUAAAGCAACAUCCAAGAGAAAGCCUUUGGAGUUUUCUAUUCAUACAUAUUGGGAGAGAGACUUUUUUUUCUGUUGUCUAGUACUCAUCAGUAACAGUAUUCAGCUAGCAGACAGAGGUGUAGUAUGCUGUAUGAAUAUUUUAUAUUAAAAUAUAAAGUGUGAGAGCAGGCCAUUGGCUAGUGACUGGAUUUCCUAGCUCAGUACUCCCCUUUGUCCCCCCAAACCAUUUUAAUUUGCCUUGGAGGACCUUAAAUGCUACUGAAACUUGCCCGGGAAGUCUGUGGCAAGCAAAGCCAGCUCAAGAACCGAGUGGAUGGUGAGAAUUGAGAAACGUGGUCACUGCUGUACGAAUCGGGAGUUGAGGUUAAGGAAAAGCACAAGAGACUCUGCAAGCACUCUUUCUGCACGCCUGGCUGAUCUUCACAGGCCCACAGGUACUAGGGCAACGUGGGACUGCACCAUCUACUCUGUGUGGAAACUUUUUAGUUAUCCGAUCAGUGGAAAAAACAUUAAUAAACAAGCUGUCUGACAAGUA